UUUUUUUCCAGCAGUGUGUGUGUGACUCAGCGAAAACAGACAAAAUAUAAUCAUCAAAAUGAUGGAGUCUGCAUGGAGCAUAGGUUUUGCGUUAGUUGCACUCCUUUCAGUUCUACUUCUGGGUUUUAUUGGCUUUGUUAUUCAUAUCUAUGUUUUACAUCGAAAGUACAGUCAUCUACCUGGUCCUCCACGUCCAAGCUUUUUCUAUGGUCAUUUACCAAUCGUGAAGAAAGAGGUUCAGGAAGGAAGGACACUGGUCGAAUUGUUUCAAAAGUGGUCUUUAGAAUAUGAUGGACUAUAUCUGAUUUGGUUUUUCUGGCACCCAAGAGUUGUAGCAUAUCAUAAGGAUGUUAUCAAGGAUGUGAUAAUAAAAUACAAUCUACCCAAGCAAAAGUCAUUACAGAAGAUGUUGUCAGACAUGUUUGGUGCUAGAUUCAUGAAGAACGGGUUGGUAUCCAUAACGAAUCAUGAAGAAUGGAAAAAGAAGAGAAAUGCUGCCAAUCCAGCAUUUUAUCGAUCCCACCUUAAAACCUUGGUCAGUGAUUACAACAAAAGCUGUGACAAGUUUCUCACAAAGAUUGGUGGAAUGGCUGAUGGGAAGACACAGGUCAGAAUGUUGGAUUAUUUUCACCGCGUCACACUGGAUGUUAUUGGAAAGGUUGCCUUUGACAUGGAACUAAAUUCUCUGGACGAUGACCACUCCCCAUUCCCGACAGCUGUUGCAAACUGUUUGAAUGGAAUUCUGUUCAAGUUUAGGAAUCCUUUUCACAAGAUCAACCCAAGUACAUUCAAGUAUCAGAGACAGGUUGCAGAUGGGACAAGGCUUCUGAGAGAGACUGGUAGAAAAUGUAUCGAGAAGAGACAAGCAGCCAUUGCAAGUGGAAAGACAAUGCCAAAUGAUGUUCUGUCAACUAUGAUGAAACUAACAGAAUUGCAUGGUAUCAGUUCUGAAGAUUUGCUCGACGACUUCAUAACAUUCUUUAUUGCAGGGCAAGAAACAACAGCAAACCAGCUUUCCUUUCUUCUUCUUGAAGUUGCUCAACGCCCUGAUGUACUGGAGAAAUUGAAGGCUGAAAUCCACGAAGUGCUUGGAUCACGUGAUUACGUUGAGUUCGACGACCUCGCUAAGCUCGAAUACAUGGGACAGGUGCUGAAAGAAGCUUUACGGCUUUACCCACCCGCGGGGGGAAUCGCUCGGGAGACAAAAGAGCAAAUCGUUCUUGGUGGUCACAUGAUUCCCGCCAAUUCCCUCAUUAACGUCAGUAUCUACAGCGCCCAUCAUCACCCAGAUCAUUUUGAAGACCCCGAGAAAUUUGAUCCCGAUCGAUGGAACAAAGAGAAUGCUGACAAAAUUGAUCGGUUUUCAUACUUGCCGUUCUCCUUGGGCCCGAGAAACUGCAUUGGACAAGUCUUUGCUCAGUUUGAAUCCAAAGUGCUGCUGGCCCGACUUCUAAAGAAUUUCAAAAUCACACUAAUCCCAGGUCAAACACGAACUAUUAAGGAACAAGGGACGCUACAGCCAAGAGACGGGGUCGUAUGUACUUUGGAACAACGACGCUAAAGAUCGCUAAAUCAGAAAACCGACACCCUUUCCUCACUCGAUUAAUUCGCACGGCUAUGAAAUAUAGAGUCAAUCUCAUAUGACUAUGGAAACGGUACAGUCGUGCUGUGACCGUGACCGUGACAAUCACGCCAACACGCUUCCCCUCACUUGAUUAAUUCGCACGGCUAUGAAAUAUAGAGACAAUCUCAUGUGGCAGUCAAUCCGACGGUACAGUCGCACAGCGACGGCGGUGACCGUGACAAUCACGCAAACACACUUCCCCUCACUUGAUUAAUUCGCAGGGCUAUCAAAUAUAGAGACAAUCUCAUGUGGCAGUCAAUCCGACGGUACAGUCGCACAGCGACGGCGGUGACCGUGGCCGAGUCAGUCAUUUUCAUUGGCUGCGUAGUGCUUUCGUGCGCUGUGAUUGGUCAAAAAAUGCCAUUAAUUCGGGAGCCGUUUCUAUUAUAUUCUAUGCACAUAUUUUAGCAAUAAUUACUCGAUUUGCUUUUUAGUACACAAUCGUGUUUGUUUUUAGCACAAAAUGUAGCAUUUCUUUAUAUUUGAAUACACCAUUUUAUCAAGGUUGCGUGCGCAUCCAAAUUUAAGGAACUUGACAGGCCACGAUUCCAGAACACGAGCUAUAUAAUGAGUAUUAUCGUGCAUUGCUAUGACAGUGUUUUGUUGUUUUUUUUUUCGUUUUUGAUAAGAAUUCAUAAAAUUGAUUAUUCUCUUUAAAUAAAAAACUGGCUUCUCAAUUUUACUGAAUUAGCGUUUUUCAGUUUUGUGGCCCGUCAAGUUGGAUGUGCACGCAACCUUGAGAAAACGAUCUCUUAAUAAAUUUACCGAGUUCUAUAUCAAAAA